UGAAUCGCAUGACACAUUCAAAUUAAAGGAUUACCAGAAUCGACGAAAUAAAACGUUCCGUGAUGAUUCAAUUGUACCGGGCAAGAGUGUCAUCAAUAUUCUUGACGAUCCUUUUCUUUUCGGGAUUAAUGAAGUGAACGAAAAUGGAUCUGAUAGUGGCAUUGAUGCGAAUUGCUCGAACAAGCAAUCAAAAUCGAAUGAUCGAAAUAAUUUUAAUACAAUACCAAGAAGAGUUGACGACAUUAAACAUUCAACUUCUUCGUCAGCUUCACUUCAACCCCCACCACGCCCACCAAAGUCAUCAAAGUCGACACAUCAAAGCCUUGUCAAUGGUGCCGCAAAUAAUACUUGAAAGAUUGAAAAACCUUUCACCAGAUGAUAAUGUUGAAGAAUUGAGUGGACAAAUUGAAGGCGACAUGUUAAUCGAUGAAGGAGAAUUUUUGCCAUUUGCUGGUCGUUUAGACUUACGAAGACGAUGGAAGAACAAUACAGUCCCGUUUUGGAUCAACACAACUUUCUACAAUCAAGAACAAGUUGAUUACAUUCGAAAAGCUGCAACUCAUCUUGCUAAUCGAACAUGUCUAAAGUUUCCUGAACUUUCUUCACCACCUGAAGACGGAGACUUCAUCUUUGUCACUGGUGACACACACGGUUGUGCUUCUUCAGUUGGAAGACAGGGCGGGCCACAACGUCUUAGAUUGCAACCGUACGGUAUCGAAAAAGGAUGUUUCAAAUUAUUCACUAUCGUUCAUGAAUUCAUACACUCACUUGGCUUCCAUCACAUGCACAACGCUUAUGAUCGUGACGAUUAUGUCAAAAUUCAAUGGGAAAAUGUUAAGGAAGGUGCAGAAGGCAGCUUUUUCACACGACCAAAUACAGAAGUCAGCCAAUUUGGCGUUCCUUACGAUGUUGGUAGUGUCAUGCAUUAUGGUGACACUCUUUCCUCGAAGAACAGAAAACCUACAAUGGUGGCGAUUGUAAAUCCCUACAACCGUACGAUGGGACAAAGAAAAGAAACAACUCCCGAAGAUAUUCUACGAAUUAAUCGCAUAGAAAAAUUUGCAACAAUGUCGUCGUAUCAUCAUCAACAACCGAUAGCAGGUCCAGUUAACUUCAAAGAAGGUGACGCAAAACCAUCAAUGGAUUCACCAAACUAUCGUCACAUCUCGUUGAGUCCACAAAACAGUGUGGGACUACCCAAUGCAAUUCCAUAUCAUCCAAACUCAACUCACAUUCAUCAACCUUUACCUGCAACUAAUCCCAAAAUUUAUUCAUUGAAGAAUCCUUUGUCAAUGCAAAAUCCGUUAUAUCCACCGAUUAAUCAUCAUGCAACGCCGAUGCCAUUGCCAAAUUCAAAUCCUCAAACAUUUCCACAUAACUUUCCACCAACUAAUCCAAUGAGAGCUCAUCCAGUAAUGAUCGGACAUCAUCAAUUAGAUGUUCAACGACAACCACAAUCUGACGACGACAGUGGAUGUGCACUUGAAGAAUACACUUGGGUGCCACCUGGUCUCAGACCUGAACAGGUGCAUUCAUAUUUCUCUACGAUACCUGAAGACAAGAUUCCGUAUGUGAAUAGCGUAGGUGAACGAUAUCGAGUGAAACAACUUCUCCAGCAAUUGCCGCCACAUGACAAUGAGGUUCGCUACUGUCAUUCACUGACCGACGAAGAGCGUAAAGAAUUGCGACUGUUUUCAGCUCAAAGGAAACGUGAUGCAUUAGGCCGUGGGGCAACUAAGCAACUGUCAGCUAAUCAGCAAUGCGAAGGAUGCGGCGAAGUGAUGAUGACAGGCGAUAUCGGAGUUUAUGGCUCUCGUUUUGGUCCCAACAUUUGUUGGCAUCCUGCAUGCUUUGUAUGUUGUGUUUGCAAAGAACUUCUCGUCGAUCUAAUUUACUUUCAUCGCGAGGGACGACUUUACUGUGGACGUCAUCAUGCAGAAACAUUGAAGCCACGAUGUUCAGCAUGUGAUGAGAUAAUUUUGGCCGAUGAGUGCACGGAAGCCGAGGGUCGAGCAUGGCACAUGAAGCAUUUUGCAUGUUUCGAUUGCGAUAAGCAGUUGGGCGGUCAACGUUACAUAAUGCGAGAGGGAAAACCGUAUUGUCUCGGAUGCUUCGACAAUAUGUUUGCUGAAUAUUGCGAUUAUUGCGGUGAACCCAUCGGUGUCGAUCAAGGUCAGAUGAGUCAUGAUGGACAACAUUGGCAUGCAACUGAUCAAUGUUUCUCUUGUUCAACAUGUCGCUGUUCUCUGCUUGGUCGUCCAUUUUUGCCACGUCGUGGAUCGAUUUAUUGUUCGAUUGCGUGCAGUAAAGGCGAACCACCGACACCAACAGAUAGUUCAGUGCCGUCGAUGCGACCAUUAAAAAGUCGUUUAGCGUCAGAUAAUGACGAGAGUUUAACACCAUCAGCAUCACCCAUAGUGACAUCGAAGUCACUCGUGCAGCAUCAAAUGAAUACGUCAGUUGAGAAAAGCAACAGCAAUAGCAAUGUUUCUUCGCCAUGUCUAUCAAUGAAGUUCGAACAAAGCAUUCCACGAUAUCCACCAACAAUUGAUUCGCCAAUCAAACGAAAAGAACAAGAUCAACACUCGCUAACAUCACAAACAUCAUCGACGUGCAAUAAGGGAUUAGAUCGAAUGAUUCUUGAGCGAAAGAUUGAGAAAAUGUUGGAACAGACAGAGACAAGCGGUUUUCAAUCAUCAAGCACCAGCAUGGCUGAAAACGUCAAUCGAAGUCCACAAAUUAAUCGACUGUUACAUCAAGAUCGAAGUCGUGUUCCACUCGAUUUAACUGACUUAGGAUUAAGUUUAGAUAAUCUCUCGCCAAAAUUCAGCAAUUCAUCGAGUACAAAAGAAUCAAAUGAUGAACAGCCAUUAAAGAAGAGCGUCGACAUCACAUCAUCUAUGCCGGAAUUGAAUGCUAUUGAAGCAAUUAAACCAGAAGAAGAUACAAAGGAUGUGGUUGUGGUGGAUAAUGUUGAAGCAACAUCAAGUCAGAAUCAAGUUGUGGAACCUUCAAAGCCAAUUGCAUUGCCAACAACGUCAAAGAAAGAAGUUCGAUUCGAUGGAGAACAGAAAGAAGCAAAUCACCGAUCACGAAGCAACUCAGGUCGUCAAGCAAGAAGUAGUGGUCGAAGACGGAAGGGAAGUCGUCAAAGAAAACAUGUUUCAGAGCAUCGUUUAAGUGACCAGCAGUCAAACACCUCAAAACAUAAACACGAUCAUCAACGAAAGUCUUCCAGAAGCAGUCGACAUGCAAACGAACCAUGUACGUCAGCUCAAGCUAAAAUGAGAACGGAAACUCACCAUCAUGAUUCUGAAACUAGCAGCUUAUGUUCGACAUGUUCAUCUAGCUCCAGUGAAUCUGACGACUUUGCAUACAAAUUGCCGCAGAGGAAAAUUUACGGUGGCGUGAGAAUCAGUUAUGUGCCUAAUGAUGCUUUGGCGUGCGCUCGCAAAGAGCAACAAAAGAAACAAAAUCAAACUCAGAAUACAAAUAAAAAGUUUUUGGCGUUGUUCAAUUUCUUAUAAUGAUAAAUUAAAAUACAAUUACGAUGAUAAUAUACUCGUGGCUUUAAUGAAACAUG